CAGGCUAACUAGUUUACACCUAGACACACACCCAUUUAGUUGUUUAUAAACUGUCAUAUUAGUGAGGUUAAAAAAUAAUUGGAGACAACGAGUCACGUGAAUCAGCUGAUAAAUUUUUCUAUCAUUAUUUAUUAGUUCAAAAAAAGUAAAUAUACAAAAACAAUUAGUGGUAAAAACAAUAACAGUAAAAAGUAGUUAAACAAAAAUGUCAGUGACAGAAGAAAAAGUGCAAGAACUCGAUAAGAGUUUUUUAGAAUUCAUGACUAAAUCUGACAAUGUUGAUCUUGCGACUAAAGAAAUUUAUGAAGAUCUUCUAGAUGAAGUAUUAAUGGGGUUUGUAUUUGAUGUUCACCGUACUAUAAAAACUGGUAGUUCAGAUGUUGAAGAAGGUAUUCCAGAUGAUGAAUCUUAUGUCAUUGUUGAUUCACCGGGUCUUGAUGUUUUUGGCCAGCAUCCAAUUAAAAAAACCCAAGAGUGUAAUUGUCCGAAUUGUGAUAGAGGAGUUGCGGCAUGUAGAUUUGCAACUCAUCUAGAAAAAUGUAUGGGUAUGGGACGAAAUAGUUCAAGAAUAGCGUCAAGAAGAAUAGCCAAUAGUUCAAAAGACAUGAGUAACUUUAGUGGUAUUGUUAGUGAUGAUGACGAUGAUGCCGAUUGGAGUGUCGCUAAUGACAAAAGAAAGCGUAGAAAAGAUCGUAACGGUUUGAAAAAAUCAAAGCAACAGCGAAAUUCACAAAAAAAUGGCGAUGCACAAUCUGGUGAGCUUCAAAUGAGUAACGAAAAUUCUCCGUCCAAUUACGAUAAUAUGUCUUUAGAAGAUAAGCGAACAUUAUUAGGACAAAUAUGUGGUGUUAUUUCGGAGCAUACUAAAAAACUUUGUACACGUUCUGUUCGUUGUCCUCAGCAUACUGACGACCAGCGUAAAGAAAUGCGCGCAAACUUGGAAGUCAGUGAAGGUGUACGUCUUAAUCAGGAUAAUUUUCAAAUAGACGUUGAUAUGUUCGAUGAAAAUGAUGGGCAACAAUUACGUGAAACACUUUCGAGAUGGGAGUGCGAGGGUUCUAAUCAGUCAAGUCCGGCAGACUCGGCAUCGACAACUUCAAACUCUUCGUUCACGAGAAAACGCGAAGGGAAAUCGAAAGGAAAAGGCAAAGGAGGAAAACGAGAUCGUGUAUCCCCCAUUUCUCAGGGAGAUUAAUUAAUUUAUUUAUUUUAUCAUAUCAUAGUUAUUAAGGUAUUAUUUUAAAUGAUAUGACGUUGAAUAGGUUACUCUGAUCAAAUAUAAAUUAAAUGUAUAUAAUUAUUUAUUACUCGGCGAUAAAUUAAUUGUCAGUUUUUUUCAUUUCGUAUGAGAAUAAUUUAAGUUUAUUUAUCAAUACUGAGUAUUGGAAUUAAUCAACUGUUAUAUUAAUAAUUUUUUUUUAGAAUAAUCGAUAUUGUUAUGAUUAUGUUUAAUGUGAUUUAUAAUUAUUACUAAUUUAUGUAUUUCGGUGAAAUGGGUUUGAAUCAUGAAAUUUUUAGUUU